UGCACUCCACGUUUCAAAGAGUAUACUUACACAUAUACAUACACAAACAUGGCGGACAAACCAAGCAGAGGGCUGGUAUUGUAUGGGGACGGGUUAGCCCGAUUGAUUGGCCCGGCCCAAACCAACCUCCAUGGUUUCGCUUCUCGGGCCUCCUGUGGUUUCUUAGCUCUUCAUCAUUCCCCUCCAGAAAAUGAGGAAACAAGGUUAAUUCGCGAGUUUGCAGAGAUACUCGAUUCGAACGAAGCGUAUGGAAAUACGGAUGUGGAAAACACACACGAAGAGAAGCUUUCGUUCCCAACUGUAGCCGAGAGAUUUAUGGGAAUGAAAGCAUCUAUAGUAACCGACGAUUUGAGCUUGAAAUCGUUCGGAGGUACACUUGGCUUCAAAGUGUUUAACUGGAACGAGUUAACUCGCGACGGCGAUUUAGCUUCUGAAUUGCUGAAAUCGCUUGGAUUUCAAGAAGGGAAGACGUUAGAAACGAGCAUGUUUGAUUUAAUCUUUGUUCAUAUUGGAGCUGGCGUAAAAAUGAAUGGUCUCAAAGACAUAGAACUGGUGAACAAAUUGGUUGGCGAUUUAUUGCAUGUGGCACUGUCUGAAUCUGAGGUCGGUUCUCGAUUGCACAUGUCGGUUAUUAUGAGCUAUGGUGCUAUAGUGGGAGAUGACGAUUUAAAACUCUCGGUUUUUGAUAAUAAAAUCGAGAAUGGCAGUGAAUUUUCAGGGGUUUUUCCACGUCAAAGUUACACGAUGAAAGGAGGAAAGCCAAGGGAAAAUGUUAGGAAUUACUGCCCAAUGCUACUUGCCCAGUAUCAGAGUGCUGUGACUCGUAUGGAUACGGUGGAAUCGUUUUCUUAUAGAGAUUUUUUUGAGAAUGGUGGAAACCUGGUUAUACCAGCAGAUAGGUUCUUACAUGAAGUAGCGUUCAAACUUUGGAAGGCGCCCAAGUACGGGGCGUAAGAUAGGCCUAAUAUAAUGCAACUGAAAUACAAUAAAAUCGAGUUUGAGCUCUGAAGAUAUAAACAAGAUUAUCAGUUCAUUUCUUAUCUUCUUACAGCACUAAUCUUCUUACAGUUGGUUCCUUUAACAACUUUGUUGCAGUUAACAUUAUCAACGCCAUAAAACGGCUACACUUAUGUGCCGUUUAUUUCUGCGUGUAAUAAUCAACAUAAACUCGUUUGCAACAUCUCAAUGUUUAUCAUCA